AUCGGUUUAUCGCUAUCGAGGCGAGCGAAUCAGCGAGCUGGUUGUUGCCAUAUCCGCCUUUUCCUUUGCGGGUGUGUUUAUGUAGCUUUUAGACGAUGUUUUAUUCCGCCGUCGCACUGUGUUUUAACUGUAACUCUACAUACAGACUGUAGGAGUUUGUGCUGCUGGAUUUUAGCACGUUUUGUGUUGUUACACUGCGAUAUUUAAGGAACCGAUUUUACGUGGAUUUUCACACAAAGACUUGGCAACCUGGACGUGUUAAAGUGAGCGUUUGUGUUCAAGAGCGCGCGUGCGUGUGUAUGAAACGGCUGGAGAAACAAAACUAGGCCUCUUGAUGUCACUGUAGUUCCUACAUCCUCCACUGUAUGCCUGAAUAUCGACAGCUGCCCUCCUCAAGGAUUCUUACUAGCUCCUGUCAUUGAUGGCAGCUGUUACAAAGGUGAUAGAAAGCAUCGUAAUCCUCGACGAUGACGAUGUGGAAGAACCUUCAUCAUCGUCAUCUUCUUCCACAUACCCUCGGACGUCAAAGCUCCCGCAGCCGCCACCCACACACAUCCCCGAGUCUCCUUUCGCUUCUGCCAGGAAGGAGAUCCAUGUGCUGAAACUGGAGAACGAGAAGCUCUUUGGCGAGUUUGUGGGUCACUGUGUCGAACACACGCGAGAGCACCCGCAGGUCUUGGACUUCCUGAGGACAAAAUAUUCCAAGUCCUCGCCUGACUUCCUAUUGUCUGUGGAGUUCCGGAACGCCGUGGGUCGCUGUCUGACCCGAGCCCAGAACCAGCCUACCAAAACCUUUGUUUACAUCAACGAGCUCUGUACCAUACUGAAACAACACUCAUCCAAACGGAGGGUCACUAUUCAGUCACACAACACCAAAAAGCAGGAGAAAACCAAGAGCCGAGACCAGGAAGGAAAUCCGAGUGCAGAGGUGAAAGAUGACGCUGCCUCCAGGCAGACAGAAGUCGGGGAAGAGGAAAGAAAAAGUAAACGAGCCUCCAGGAGACAGAUAGCAUACCUGGAGAACUUGCUGAAGGUUCACAGUGAUGAAAUCAAACGGCUGCAGGAGAGAGAUCUGAGUUUGGAUGAUCUGGAGAAGGAAGACUCGAGCUACAUCCAGGAGCAUAAACUCAAACGCAGAUUAAUGAAGAUCUACGAUAAACUGUGUGAGCUGAAGAACUGUAGCACUCUCACGGGCAGAGUCAUCGAGCAGAGGAUUCGCUACAGUGGCACUCGAUACCCAGAGCUCAACAAGAAGAUUGAGCGAUUCCUAAACAACCCCGAGGUCCAGCAGAACCCUCCGGAUUACAGGGACAUCUUGCAGGUGGUGAAACGCGCCAACGAGCGCCACAAGCUGAUGCUGAGCCGUAAGCAGGAGGCGCAGAUUGCGCAGGAUGCGUUCCGUGAGACGGGCAGCAGGCUGCAGGAGAGGCGCCACCUGGACAUGGUCUACAACUUUGGCUCUCACCUGACUGAUGCCUACAAACCCACCGCAGAUCCUGCCCUCACCAAUCACAUGUUAGCCCAGAAGCUGCGCUCCAACAGAGAGGUGGCUCUCGGCUCCCUAGAGGAGGUCAUCAACAAAUACGCCCACAUACAAGACGACACAGAGGAGGAGGAGAGGAGAAAACGUCUGGGGAAGGAGAAACAGAAAAAGGAGAGCGAGCAGCAGGAGGCUGUGAAAACUGAGAACGGUGAGAGGAGUGGGGAGGAACAUGAAAAUGACCAGGAGGCAGAAGAGGAUGAAGCAGAAGAAGAAGAAGAGGAGGAGGAUGAGGAGGAGGAUGAAGACGAUGAUUCUUCAGAUCCUGAUAUUGAGGAGGAGAUCCAGGCCAGUGCAGCACAAGUCAGACCAGAUGAGGAAGACAAUGAGGAAGAGGAGGAGGAGGAGCAUCUGAGUAUGAUUGAUGACAUUGUGCAGCCCAGCAGUGAGGGCUCGUGUCUAUCAGUUAAAUCACCUGGCUGUGGAGAUGCAGGAGAAAGUGCUGAUGAGGUCCCACAGUCGGACAGCAUGACACAUGGCAGCACUACUACAGAAAAACAUCCUAGUGACAGUUCCUCCUUGUCGUCAGUGAGCCACAGUAAUUCAGGUGUCCUGAAACCUCCAUCUGGAGAUAACGAGCUUCUCGUUUCUAACAGCUGCUCCAUAGCCGACUCCAACAUCAGCCAAACCACGGAGAUUCCCGAGAUUCCUGAUGACUGCAUCAGCACCAUAUCCAUUCUGCCUGAGGUCACUAAUGAGACGUGUAACAACAAGAGGAAACGGGAAUGUAAGGAGAACCACGUCGUCCAGAAUGGCAACAUCAGACGGAGCGAAAUGAGUGACCGUGACGUCUCUCCAGAUGUGAAAGUGACCUGUAGCCCUGUGCUGGUGGACUCCACCCGGGCAGACACACCCACUCAGGAUCUGGUCAGCAGCACUCGCUCUACACCACCUCCUAAAAAGCACAAGGUGAAUGUUGCCACCCAGUGUGACCCAGAUGAGGUGAUCAUUCUCUCUGAUUCAGACUGAACUGACUGCACUGCUGUGGAAAUUUCUCUUUUCCAUAAACCUCAUUGCUUCAAAUCUACAGGUGCUCAUCCACGUUCUGGUCCACAUCCACUUCUGUGUGUCAGAUGGCAUUUUGAAGUGAAAAAUCAGGCUGACUAAAAAACUCUUUUGUAUUACGUCAUAUUGUUGCUACACAGUUACCUUUUAAACGAACACCGCUAGCUGCACUGGCCGUCUGGCUCAGCUAUACAAUUUCAGGGUAUCUUAAUGGUUUUUUUUCCAUUGUAAUGUUCUAUAGUAUUUGAAUAUUCAUUUUUUGAAAUAUGAUAAAAGUUUGGUCUUUAUACCUGUGUAAUUAAAGUUAAUUAAACAACAAAGGCCUAAUUUAUUUUUCUGUUGAGUUCCCUUACAAACUCAAUAAAAACCUAUUUUUGUGUA